AAAUAUCAACCCAAGAGCUAGCAUUUAGAUUCCCCCCACACCACCACUCUCAAUCCUCCCUCUACCACCUUCUUCACUCUUUCAUCACACAGAGAGAGUGAUCAUCAUAACAUAACACAUUCUGCUUCAGCGUUUAGCAGAAACAACCAUUUUGUUACUCAACUUGUCAAAUCCAAUCAUGUCCCUCUCACAUCACCAACAUUCUCCUCAACGAUUCUUCAUUUUCCUUCUCAUCCUCGCUUUCAUAGGUGUAGGAGUUUCAGCGACAACAUUCACAUUCGUGAACAAGUGCGACCACACGGUGUGGCCCGGAAUUCUAGGAACACCGGACCUGGGAACAUCGGGUUUCGAGCUGAAAAAGGGCAGCACGCGCACGUUAGCAGCGCCGCCGGGCUGGUCGGGGCGGUUCUGGGGCAGAACCGGCUGCGAAUUCGACGACUCGGGCCACGGCACAUGCGCCACCGGCGACUGCGGCUCCGGCGAGGUGAACUGCAACGGCAAGGGCGCGGCGGCGCCGGCGACGCUCGCGGAGUUCACGCUGGGGUCGGGUGCGGCGGCGGACUUCUACGACGUGAGCCUGGUGGACGGGUACAACCUGCCCAUGAUGGUGGAGGCGAGCGGCGGGUCCGGGUCGUGCGCGGCGACGGGGUGCGGGGCGGACCUGAACCGGCGGUGCCCGGCGGAGCUGAGGGUGGAGGGCGGCGAGGCGUGCCAGAGCGCGUGCCGCGCGUUUGGAAAAGCGGAGUAUUGCUGCAGCGGCGCGUUUAAUUCGCCGGCGGCGUGUGCGCCGUCGAUGUACUCGGAGAUGUUCAAGGCGGCGUGCCCCAAAUCUUAUAGCUACGCCUUUGAUGAUGCUACCAGCACGUUUACUUGCACCGCUGCUGAUUACACUGUCACCUUUUGUCCCUCUUCUUCCCCAAGUUUGAAGUCUUUAAUGGAAUCAGGAGCAGGAUCAUCUGUUGAGCAAGCUGCAGCAGCUACUACUUCAUGGAUAGCGAAUUUGGCUACAGGAGAUUCCACUAGAAGAAGCCAACCAUUUUCAGCUUCCAACUCUGCAUUUUUUGUAGCUGUCACUUUCAUUAUUCUUUCCUAUUUGGUCUCAUAGACUCUCUCUUCUCUGUCCCUUUCUUCCUCCAAUUUGAGAGACACAACAAAUAGGAUCAGCAGCUUCAAUUAAUUCGUGUAAAAAUUCAUCAUCAUUAAUCUUGAAAUCUAUGUAAAUUAGUAGUAGCAUUUUAAUCAUUUUCUUCCACUCCUUUUUGUGGUUCAUUUUUAUAA